UCUGAAAACCACGCAGGAAUCAUCGACAUCCAACCAGCCAAUCGAGAUGCGCAGCUCAGAGCCACGCGGCUGGUCUAGCGAUCCGUCCCCCGUCCCAUUGGUGGCGUUCUGUAGCCAACAGCCGAGAACAUUUGGCCUGGCCAUAGCUUGGGCCACUCCAUUGGCGUUCCUCCAGCAGGUCUCGAGCCUUGGUCGAGCACAUGGCUUUUUUCGGACUGGAUUAUCCCGAAAAUGCCAGAGCUUGCGCUUCGAUGCAAUGUUUGAUAAAGAUGCGCUGUCCUGGCACUCCGCACUCCAGCCUUACCACUCCCUUCCACCACCUCUGUGGUUCUUUCUUACUUGGAACUUUUAAGCAUGUGGCGACGCCGGAUUACGAUCGAUGACAAGGCCAUCACCGAUGGCUCAGGCAUCACUCUCAAGCAGUCAUUGUUCCCAAACUUCCUGGGUAUGUACCACCUACAAGGUCAUUCAUAGCUAACAAUAGCCAGUAACCAUCCUCUUCUUCCUCUGGGGCUUC